AUGGCGUCAGCAGAAGAUGUCACACAAAACUCAGAGUCAGAGACUCCUAAACUUUCCGAUUUAUUAGAUCGUGGAUGGAAAUUUUAUGAAGAAGUAGAUACUACAGAUGAGCCUACAGGAUCUAAUCCAAUUCAAGUGAAAGUUAAGCGCGGAAUUAUGCAACUGGAAGAGGCAACGCGGAUGGUCGCCCAACUCGAGUUAUUCAGCCGAAAUGAAGAAUUGGAGGAGAUUGCCACUACAGACUUGAAGUAUCUGUUGCUUCCUGCUCUACUUGGCGCGUUGACCAUGAAACAGGUGAAUUUGUCCAAGCGGUUGGAGCAAGUUCAGAUAGCCCGUGUGUAUUUUCUGGAUUUCUUGAAGAGAUGCAAGGAGUACAACAUUAGUAAAUUUGAGCUGCCUAAAUCCAGCGAGACUUCAGAUGACACAUCUGAAGAAGAUGGAAGUCGGCCUCCGCGCCCUCUCCAACAAGCAGACCUCAUCAGCAUGGCUACACAAAGACAGGCUAAAAUUGAAAGGUAUAAUCAGAAAAAAGACACAGAGGCAAAACUGUCAGCGAUCAAAGCAGCUGUGGAGAGCGAACAGGCAGAUGAUGAGGUUGUGCGGGAUUUCUACCUCCUCAACGUCCGUAGAUGGAUCGCUAUUGCCCUGGAAGAAAUCGAGAGUAUCGAUCAAGAAGUAGAGAUUCUCAAGAGGAUGGAUGCUCUCAAACAGUUUCAGAGCUCAGCACAGCCAUCUCAGCCAAAAAGGCCCCCCAUGAAGCCAUUCAUCCUCACUAAAGAUGCUGUGCAGGCUAAGGUGUUUGGGGCUGGUUACCCAAGCUUGGCGACCAUGACGGUAGAUGACUGGUACGAUCAGCACAGGAGGAAGCACUGCCUGCCUGACCAGGGUGUCCCACGCGGCCCCAGCAGCUCCGCUGACUAUGACGCAGAGGAGCGAGAGAAAGAGGAGAAGGAGAAACAGGAGGAGAACGAUGACGAGGAGGCGCUGCAGAAGGCAAGAGACUGGGACAACUGGAAGGACACGCAUCGGCGAGGCUACGGCAAUCGCCACAACAUGGGCUGAAGGGGCUCCCCAAGCAUGCACCUCACAGGCCCCCCACGCACACAUCGUCUGACACGCCACGCGCUCCCCACACACACAAACUCACACACACACACACACUUUGCCAACCACACAAAAAAAAUCUCUCUCUUUCUGUCUGAUUUGUUUUUUUAUUCGGAAAUAAAAAUGGACAGUCUAGGCUGCCUUUGUGUAUGAGACACGCUGCGAUAUCCUGCCGCCUUGAGUUCUGCUCCGUAAGACUGAAGGGCAUCUGAAGGGGAGCUGCCUUCUCUGGCCACUCUGCCCUGUCCAGUGAUCCAGGGGUGUUUGGUUUGAACCUGAUCCCACACCAAGCCCUCUUGGUUUUGCUCAGUUGGAAAAUUAAGCCAAUAGCCAAAGCUGGGGAUAUUCAGCGGAAUUUAUUUUCCUCCCCGACAAGUAUUGACCCAUUUCAGAUGACGGCUCAAAAAGCACUCGGGACAUUCACUGAUUUCUACGAGACGUUUGUCUUUGUUAUGUUAGGUUUUUUCUAUUCUAGUUUUAUUUGUGUUUGGCUUUCAGUGUCUUAGUGGUUCUACCCCCAGCUUGACCUUUGCAGAUAUUUCAGAUUGUUAAUGAAGAAUUUCUGGAGCAACCUUGGGUACUUUUGAAAACAGGAACAUUGGUGGUGCAGAAUGUGUGUGUGUGUGUGUGUGGGGGGGGGGGGGGGGGGACGCACUGUUAAUAGGUG